UCUCACCACAACACAACGCAACCAAGCAAGUUAGAGAGAGAAAGUAGAGAGAGAAACAAGAGAGAGAAAGUAGUGAGAGAAAGAGAAACAAGAGAGUUUGAAAAUGGAAAACCAACCGAUGCAGUUCCUUCUCCUUGAACAAGUUCAGUUCCUGAAGGUGCAGGACGAUUCUCUCUUGCAAUGGGAACUCGUCGAUGUCGUUGAUGCCGAAGAGGAACAAGAACAAGAACCAGACCAGAAUCAACAAGAUGCUGCUCCAGUUGAAGAAAUCAAAAUCAUCCAUCAGAUUCGUCCCGUUCUUCCUGAUCCCGAUGCGGUUGCAGUGGUAGAGAUAGAUCGCCAACAAUAUCACUAUCUUCACGGCUACGCGUACGAAGAUGAUGAGGAACAGGUUGUUGACGAUGAGGAAGAUGAUGAUGAUCGGUGUGAUUUGGAUGAUGAGCUUGUUCCAUGGGAGGUUGGGAACAAGUUAGGGAGACAGAGGAUGAAGAAAUUGGGGAAAAGGGCGUGUUCCAAGAUGAAGAAUUCCAAGAGGUCUCCUUAUCUUUUUGUGAGGCCUGGUUGUGUUGGUGGGAAGCAUGGUUUGGGGCUUAAGCACAGUUUCUAAUUGCAGAUUAGGGAGGAGGAGGAGGUAAAUAAAUCAAUUGGGGUUGUUUCUUGUUUAGGUUAACUGUUAGGGUUUGGUUCAAUUCAAGAUUAUUGGAAUGUGCAGUGCAGCAGAAUUGACUAGUUUCAAUGUAUAUCUUAAUGGGGAUGGAUGAUUUUAGUUUUCUGCUUUUGUAUAUGUCAAUGGAUUUCAAUUGCCUUGGCUCAUAUGAAUGAAAAUGGUUCAGAUUUAGUAA